GUCUACGAGAUGGAAAAGGACACAAUUAAAGUUAAAUUUCCCUGAUAUUGGAAAUGAAAAGUGUGCUAUAUUAUCUUCUUGAAAUGCACAUUUGGGCCCAAAAAAUGAUGAAAGUGGCCAAAGACCUUAUGUUGCACCAGUUCAGGCAGUGACCUCCUGACGUGUUCCUGCAGUCUGUACAGAGCCACGGAAGGCUCAUUAGCCAGAACGUACAUGCUCUCCGUAAAUUUGUCACUCACUGUAGGUAAGAGAACAACAUAUCUAAAUGUUUUGCCACAAGGAAGUUGGCGCAAAUUAAGCAGCAAAGCUGGAUGUGUAAUCAUGGAUGCAGGAGGAGAGCAGAACCAAAAUAUUUAUACAUCGUAUAGUGCCUCCGAGUCCAUAGAGGAUGUGGACCAAGAGGUUUUGUUUCACCAUUCAGCCACUCUCACCAACAGGCAGCGUGGGAAUGAAGUUACAGCACGACCAGCGUCAUUAGACACUCUGUCAAUACAUCAGCUUGCUGCUCAGGGUGAGGUGUCACAAUUGGCGGCACAAUUGAACAAAAAUAGCGCACUGCUCAGCAUACAGGACGAACGUGGCUUUACUCCUCUUAUGUGGGCAGCAGCGUUUGGAGAGAAAGCAGUGGUGGACUUUCUCUUGCAAAAGGGAGCGGACCCCAGAAUGGUUGCAAGGAAUAGAGAAAGUGCGCUGACGCUGGCCAGCUGUGGAGGCUAUGUGGACAUCAUUGAUUCUCUACUCAGACGUGGAGUUGAUGUCAACACCUAUGAUUGGAACGGAGGCACUCCUCUUCUGUAUGCUGUUCGAGGAAAUCAUGUUAAAUGUGUCGAGGCACUUUUAGCCAAAGGAGCGGACAUGACCACAGAGUCUGAUUCUGGCUACAGCGCGAUGGCUUUAGCAGUAGCUCUGGGACACAAAAAGAAAGGUGUUAGAGGACCACAUCCUGAGACUCUACAAGCCAGCGUGGCGCUAAAAUAAAUGGAGCUUGUUGGCAUAACAGAUGACAAGAUGGGAGCAAAUAUACAAAAUGUUUAUUGCGUUCCAUGGCAGAAUAACAAAAAUAAUCAAAACUUGGCAAUUGUGCAGCAAGAAAACUAAACAGGUUUUAAUAAAUGUAUUUUUAUAUGGUGGUCUCUGCUGGAAUGAUGAUUAUCCUCCAAGAUACUUUUUGCUACCGAAUCAACAGCAUCCAAGGACUGCACUCUAUUUGACUCAAUUGCAUUUUAUGAGAUGGUGGAGUUGCAGGCAUCCUGUGUCCUUUACAUUUCACAAAGAGUGCAUAUCCUUCCCAUCUCUCUUGUGAGGGUAAAAUAUGGUCAUAUGGCUUUCUCCCCCAGGAUGUCCAAAGAAUAAAUAAUAAUUCUCCCAAAAAAGUCGGCACUGUUCUCAAACAAUAUUUUUACUCUGUCCACAGUAGGGGCCUCCUGUAUGGGAAAACAGUGGGUGUGGAGUUAAGUCAAGAUAAGCUUUGGGUUUAUUCUGUCCUACCAUUAAACUUACUGAAACAUCAACAUUGAUGAAAAACAUGCCCAGAUAAUAGUCAUGGAAAAAAAUUGACCACCCUUGUUUUCAGUUUGACACAUUUUAAUGCCUGUACAACUAAAUGUACAAAAAAUGAACUCUUGUAGGCUAUUUUUGUUGUCACUGUUAUUCGUUCAAACAAA